AUGAUGUCGAUCUCUUACACGAAUAGUCUUUUCGCACGGGUAACAAGCAUUGAAAAGGCGGCCGAGGUAGCAAAGAAGGCGGCGCCCAAAGUUGUGCAGUUGUCGGAGGAGGCCAAAACCCUACCACCACACAUCCGGAACGUCACGGAACCGGCGAAACUAAACGCGCAAACGCCAUUUUUUAAAUGCCCGCCAUGGGCCGGACUGCCUGCCGUUGCAUGUCAUUUGCAAUGCACUCGUGAUGGAGUCCCAUUAGCAUCCUUGGGGCUUGAACGAUUUCCCUUCUACUUGUUUGGAAGAAGCCGCGUCUGUGACUACGUCCUUGAACACCCAUCGAUCAGCAGCAUUCACGCCGUUAUUGUUUUUCACAGUGAACAGCAAUGUUUUGUACUGGUGGACUUGGGUUCUACGAACGGCGUCAAGCUAAACGGCCUCCGCAUUGAAAAGCGACGACCCAUCCCCACACCUAUUGGUAGCUGUAUUCAGUUUGGUUGCAGCAGUCGCAUGUACAAAGUUGCUCGAGGUCCACCGCCUUCAUCGAAACGCCUGCGGGAGGAGCAGGAGGAAAAGGCUGUCGCGAAGUUGAUUCAGGGAAAUGAUUCUGGUCAUGUUGCUCUUGUUAAGGGCAGUAACGUGGGGAAUGUUGCCAGUUCCAGCACUCCCACAAUUGAGGAGGAUAAACGGGAGGGUGCGGCUUCCACUGUGAGAUUGGAAACCCACAAGCUAGAAAUGAACAUGGCGGAGAAGGGGCAGGGUGCCGUUGAUGCUGCUAUCCCUUUGCUUUCACCUUCAACUCCACCUUUGCAGGCAGUGGCAGUGGAGGCUCUUCGAGAUCAACCCAACUCAGUCACGGCUCCUGAGCCUCUUCCUCAUGUGUCGCCAGCGUCGCCUGUAAAGCGGCACCUGUAUCAGGUGCUUAUUAAGCAUAAGGAUGUGCGGCGUCCUGUUUCUCUCGCACCGCGCAAUAAGGGUGAUAAAAUUACGCGGUCAAAGCCCGAUGCAUUAGCAUUGGCAGAGGCAAUUAUUGCACAUCAUGGUGACCGGAAAGUUGUGUGGUCGCUAGAUGAGUUUACCACGGUGGUCCGUGACUACAGUGAGUGUGGUUCUGCCAAACGGAAUGGUGACUUGGGCAUGGUGGAGAGCGGCACUUAUACAGAUACCUUUGACCUUGCAGCAUUUGCGCUCGACUGUGGUAUGGUAAGUGCACCAGUGGAGACGGAACUCGGUGUGCAUCUUAUUUAUCGCGCGGCGUAA